UUUGCUUUCCCCCUCGUUGUCCGGACGGAACCCGAGACUGAAGAUGGUGUGGGAUUAGCGAGAAGUGAAUCCAAUCUCCAAUCGCCAAUUGUCGGAUGAGAAAUCAAAAAGGGAAAGCACAAAAUUAGAGAGGAAAAAAAUCCAAACGAAGUAGAUAAGAAAGAACGAAACCGAAAAGGAUAUGUCUGGUAAAACAAGAACGGGAUCAGAUACCACCCCGCUCCUCACUCAACAGAAACAACCCCCAACUCGCCAGCCCUCCUCCUCCUCCUCCUCCUCCGCUUCCUCCCCCUCCUAUUCCCACCGCAUCUCUUCCCCCUUGUUCGUUGAGAUGGCCGCCGCAAUCUCGUCCUCUUCUCCCCGCUCCGUUUUCCUUGGCGUUGACGUCGGCACUGGCAGCGCUCGCGCUGGGCUGUUUGAUGACAAAGGGAACCUUCUAGGAACUGCUAGUAGCCCAAUACAAAUAUGGAAGGACGGGGAUUGCGUUGAGCAAUCUUCCACAGAUAUUUGGCAUGCAAUUUGUACAGCUGUGAAAUUGGCAUGCUCUCUUGCAAAUGUUACUGGGGAACAAGUGAAGGGAAUGGGGUUUGCUGCUACUUGUUCUCUUGUGGCUGUGGAUGCAGAUGGCUCUCCUGUCUCAGUUUCUUGGAGUGGUGAUUCAAGGCGAAACAUCAUAGUGUGGAUGGACCACAGAGCUGUAAAGCAAGCUGAAAAGAUCAAUUCUUAUAAAUCAACAGUGCUACAAUACUGUGGUGGAUCCGUUUUCCCAGAGAUGGAGCCACCAAAGCUUUUAUGGGUAAAGGAAAAUUUGCAAGAGUCUUGGUCUAUGGUAUUUAGAUGGAUGGACUUGAGUGAUUGGUUAUCGUACAGAGCAACUGGAGAUGAUACACGAAGCCUGUGCACUACAGUGUGCAAAUGGACCUAUCUUGGUCAUGCACACAUGCAGCAGAUGAAUGAGAAAGAUUCUAGAGACAUGGAAGCUUGUGGAUGGGAUGAUGAAUUCUGGGAGGAGAUUGGGUUGGGGGAUCUUGUUGAAGGGCAUCAUGCAAAGAUUGGACGAAGUGUAGCUCUUCCUGGCCAUCCUUUGGGUUCUGGGCUUACUCCUACUGCUGCAAAGGAACUGGGUUUGGUAGCCGGAACUCCUGUGGGAACUUCACUAAUUGAUGCUCAUGCUGGUGGUGUUGGUGUUAUGGAAAGUGUUCCUGAAUCAGAUUCUGAAGCUAAAGAAGAUGAUAAGGAAGCCAUAUGUCAUCGUAUGGCAUUAGUCUGCGGCACUUCUACCUGUCAUAUGGCUGUAUCACGUGAAAAGCUGUUUAUUCCUGGUGUCUGGGGACCAUUUUGGUCAGCAAUGGUGCCUGAAUACUGGCUCACAGAAUGUGGGCAGAGUGCUACUGGUGCCUUGUUAGAUUACAUAAUUCAAAACCAUGCUGCUUCUCCACGGCUUGCAAAUCGUGCUGCUUCUCAGCAUGUUUCUGUGUUUGAAUUACUGAACAGUAUGUUAGAAUCAAUGACGAGUGAGAUGAAGUGUCCAUUUAUUGCAGCUCUGACCGAAGAUAUACAUGUUCUUCCAGAUUUCCAUGGAAACAGGUCUCCCAUUGCAGACCCAAAAGCAAAAGGAGUAAUAUGUGGUUUGACACUUGACACUAGUGAGAAACAGUUGGCUCUUUUAUACCUUGCCACUCUUCAGGGUAUUGCAUAUGGUACACGCCAUAUUGUCGAGCACUGCAAUGCCAAUGGUCAUAAGAUUGACACAUUACUUGCAUGUGGUGGCCUUUCUAAAAACCCCUUGUUCAUUCAAGAACAUGCAAAUAUAAUUGGUUGCCCUAUUAUACUUCCUCGCGAAAGUGAGUCUGUCCUCUUAGGGGCCGCUAUACUUGGUGCUGUUGCUGCAAAGAAAUAUUCCAGCCUCAGUGAGGCCAUGAAGGCACUCAAUGCUGCUGGUCAGGUCAUACAUCCAUCAAAAGACCCAAAGGUGAAGAAGUACCAUGAUGCCAAAUAUCGUAUUUUCCGUGACCUCUAUGAGCAGCAGCUAUCGCAGCGUUCAACAAUGGCCCAAGCUUUAUCAUAGUUCUGUACGGUACCUGAUCAGUGACUCCUUCAUUUGGGUUUUUGUUGAAAAAUAGGUUGAAUGCAGGAUGAGGUGAUCUGUCUAUAAAGUUAGUACAGAAGAUCCUCCAUGGAUCAUUGAUUUUGCAUCCAAAUUUGACGCAUUUUCGUUAAACUAGUACAGGCAAUAAAAAUGUCUUCGUAUUAAAUUGCAUACAAAUUAUAACUUGUUUUGGAUUCAACUCAACUGAUCUGGCCUUCGAUAGUUAUUUGCAUUACAGAAUCAUUACUCUUUUUUGGUAACAAUAGGAAGUGCUCAAGUUAAUCAACCUUCUUAUGCUUUGCUUACGCUAUUUGAAAGUCAGGAAGGUAGGCUACCGGCUUGCACCCUAGUUGAAAGAACAUAAUAUUCUAUCGAUAGAGGAAAGCCAUGUUACUGCUAGAACAGCAGAGAGUACCUACAAAAUAAAGCCCUGAAAGUUAC